UUAAAUGCUACAACGAUGAAAAUAUUUCAUGAACGAAAUAUUCAAUUAAUAAUAUCUUUUAAAAGUUAUCCCACUGAAUUACGCAAUAAGCAAUAAAAAAUAUAAAUUUACAAAGAAAAUACAUAUGAUCAGAAUUUAAAACAAUAAUAUCAUUAAGUAACAAUCGAAUAAUGCUCUACGGCGCAAUACCAAACACGAUCUUGACUUCAAGCAUCAAACACGGUGGCGUAGCAUUACAAAUAUGUCGAUAUUUAUUAAAUGAUAGGAAUAAACUUGUGUAUAUACUCUGUAACUAUUAAAAUAAUUUUUUUAUGUUUUGGUUAUGUGAUGCCAGUAAGCAAUAAGAUAGAAGCGCGGGUAAAAACUGUAAAUUUUAAUAUAAAAGGAAGAUCGGCCAACCAAACGGAAUUUCAGGAUGAUAAUAAAUUUUUAACAAUAGCACCAGCACUACCAGUUUUACCUGGAACACUUACACCGCUUAAAUUAUCAAAACGUUCCUUUAGUUCUAUAGGAUCAUCUUUUAAUUUUGAAUCCUCUGAAGUUGAAAGUUGUAAUGUAGUUACAUUACAAUGGACAGGAGAAGGGAGAACAGUCACUGCAAUACGAACACCUGCAGAAAAAGAAAAAAAUCCUGAUAGAAUAUCUCUUGAUAGAAGAGGUUUGACUGUGUUCCCUAAUAUAAUAGGAGAAUCAAAGUUACGCUUAAUUUCUUUACAACACAAUCUUCUUACAAAGAUUGAAGGAUCAAAUUUUGCUCAAUUAACAAAACUAGUAUUUCUUGAUUUAUAUGAUAAUCAAAUAGAAAAGAUCUGUAACUUAGAAUGUUUAGAAAACUUAAGACUCCUUUUAAUGGGUAAAAAUAGAAUUAAAAAAAUUGAAGGGUUGAUGCAACUUUGCAAACUUGAAAUUUUAGAUCUACAUGGUAAUCAGAUAGUGCAAAUAGCAGGUUUGAAUGGCCUUUCGUCUUUGAAAGUACUUAAUUUAGCUGGAAAUAUUAUUAAAACAAUAGGAUGCAAUGAUUUCAAUGGUUUGACAUCCUUGAAAGAAUUAAAUUUGAGACGUAAUAAAAUAAAAAAGCUUUUAGGGUUUGAAGAUAUACCACAACUGCAGAAAUUAUAUUUAAGUAACAAUGAUAUAUACAAAAUAGAAGACAUGGGAAAUGUAGUAAAAGCAUUCCAGAUAAAAGAGAUUUCAAUUGAUGGAAAUCCGAUAACUUUAAACAGUGAUUAUAUAUCUUUUCUUGUAUCUUACUUACCAAAUCUUCAAAUAUUAUCAUCAAUGCAGAUUACUGAACAAAUUCGUAGAACUGCUAUUGCUUGGAGAACUGCAAAGGAGCAAGCAAAUUCAGCUUUCUUGGAUCUUAGUACACAAGUAUGUAUGAAUGUGCAACGAGAAGAGGUAAUUUCUAAUGCAAAAACGAAGUGGGAGUUUUUAAGAUCAAAAAGCAAGUCUUCUGCUACCAAUGACAAUAAGAUGAAUAAUUGCAAAGUUAAUAAUAGCAAUAGUACACAUAUACUUAAUUCAAACAAACUUAAUAUUACUAGACCAAAAAGCUUAAAUAAAGGAAGGUUGAAAGGAUUUGGAAGUUUAACAUCUAUAAAUGAAAACGUAGAAGCAACUAAAAUCCAAAUAAAGAAAAGAAGUAACUCUACUGAUAAUCUACUUAAACUAGAAGAUGCUGCUAAAGCAUAUCCAUUAGAAUUUAAACUUCCACCUAUUUUAAGUUCUAUAAUUGAUAAUUUAAUGAAUAAUAAAUUUAAUGAAAAUUUGUUGAAACUUGGAAAUAGUUUAGGAACAUUGAAUGAUGUGACAAUUGGUGCCAAUAGUGAAUCUGAAAGUUCAGAAAGUCAUGAAAGCUUAAAAAGUGGUUUACGCUGUCAUUUAAUACAUUCAAGUAGACAUACAUCCCCUGUUGAUUCUGAAAAACUUUCUAAACAUAAUAAAUUUACAAAAGAUGAUGAUUUAUCUUCUACAUCAAAAACAUUUACAAAUAUGAAAAAUCAUGUUACCGAAUCAUCAGUUUUCAAGAAUCACAAAACUACUAUACAAUUUAACGAUUAUAAUGUGACAUCUAAUAUCAAAGAAAAUUUAUCCACAAAAUUGUUUCAUGAAGAUAAAAUAUCCAAACAAAAUAUUCCAAAUGAUUGUGAAUCAAUUCAAUCUAAAUCAAAUAUUAAUCCUGUUGAAUAUUAUUCAGUAAGAGAUUUGGAGAAAAAUAGACACAGAGUAAAAAGUGCACAAGUAAAAAAAAUAGUUCAUUAUAGAAGUAACAGAGCAGCUACUGCUAGAGUAAAAUAUAGAGCUAUACCAUCUCCAAGUCCAAUGCCGCAGCAAAUUUUACCAAGAGAAAGAGAACAAGGUAGUGAUUAUUUAAUUGAAAUCAUUGGUCGUUGUCUAAAUGUUUUUGGACAAGGGGCAUUACGCUUUAUUGAUCGUUCAUGGGAUACUUUAAAAGCAGAAGAUGUUAAUAUAGUUAAAUUCAAUUACAUUCAGUUUAAUAGCAUAGCUUUGAUUUUAAGUAAAUUGAAAAAUCGAUUUCCAAAUGUAGAACAUUUUUUAUUCAAAGAAACCAAUAUCAGUCAUCUAGGACAAAUUAACGCUUUAGCCGAAGUCCAAGGUCUUGAAAGUGUGCGUAUAGAGGCAGAAGGAAAUCCAAUAAUAUCAAAAAAUUGGAGAUCUUAUACUAUAUUUCGGUUAGCACAUUGGGGACUUCAUACUAUCAAUGGCAAUGAGAUUACUAAAGAAGAAAUAGAACAUGCAGAUCAAGAAUAUGCUGGAUUGGUAGAUAUUGUAAUACGAUCACUGCCAGAUUCUUUACUGCAACCAUUAUUACAAAGGCUACAUCUAGAAAAGGUUCAAAAACAGAAUGGGGAGGAAAUUACUGCCAAACAAUUUUUAUUUAACAGCGAUCCUGCUCUUAGAAGCGUCGUUGGAAAAGAAGCCCUUCAAUGGAGGAAGGGGAGUAUAACACAAGAGGAUCUCAUUUGGAGACACAAAGGAAAAGUUCAUUUAUUAAAUUUAAUUGAUCUUACUGUUGAUGCCAUUGAAAAAUUACAAAUACUUGAAAAUGAAUGGCCAAGCAUCUUAAAUAAAAUCAUUUACCAGGCUUUGUCUGAUUUUUCGGAAAUGGACACAUAUAUGAAACAAUGCAGUAAAAUGCUUGAAAUUGAUAAGUAAUCUAUUAAUUACAUAUAAUUAUCAGUAAAAUAUAUAUUGCUAUGAAAAAAAUGUAGUAAAAGUGAAA